AUGACUCAAGAAGUGAUGGAUUCAUUGUUUGCGAUAAGCAAUAUUGAAAUUCAAGAAAGUCAUAAUAAUGAAGAUAUUUCAUUUGAUAAAAUUAUUGGGCACAUAGAAGAUAUUCUAAUGGAAAAUGAAUUUCAGUCUAUACAACAAUACUUUUUGGAUAAUUACUGGAAUAUAUUUGAACCAAUUGAAGAGAAUAAAUUAAUGUACAUGGAAAUAUUUAACGAUUAUAACAAAAGAAUUGAUAACUAUAUCACUACCAACUUAAAAAAAAUUAUACCAAAUUUUUCAAUGGAUGACUUUAUAAAUGAAUUACAUAAAAGACGUUCUAAAUUAGAUGGAGAAGUUUUUGAAAUCCUUCUUACAUUUACUGAUUUUUUAGCAUUUAAAGAUUUACUUUUGGAUUAUAGAGCUGUAAAAGAAGGAAAAGUUCAAGAUCUAAGUAGCGGUAUACUAAUAAAAUCUACCAAAAUGUAAAUAAUUUUAAUAUCGAUUUAUCAUUACUUAUUUAUUUCUC